AUGUUUCCUUAUAUGAAACUGGUUUUAUGCGUAUUCUUUCUCGCAUGUCAGGCGAAUGUAAUACCCAGAAAAGAUGAGGAUAAUAUUCCCAAUUUGUUUAAUUUACCUGGUAUGCAUGCGAACAAUCGAACUGAUAUCGAAUUGAUCGAGGGUGAUAUUGCAAUGCCAAUAAAUAACGGUCGUACUGCAUAUAUUAGCGCUCCAAGAUGGCCCAAUGGUGUGGUGCCUGUUGAAUUUGAUGCAGCGUUUACAACCAGUCAGAAGAAUGUUAUUAUUAGUGCUAUGACUACCAUUAGUGCCAAUACAAAUGAUUGUAUUAGAUUUGUUUGGCGCGAUACCAGUCAUCCAGUUUGGUUAAGAAUCCAUUCUGGUCAAGGUUGUUGGUCACAUAUGGGUAAAAUUGUAAACUAUGGCGCUCAAGAUCUUUCAAUUCAAAUCCCUAGCUGUGUUGCUCUUUCAGUAUCGAUACACGAAUUAUUGCAUGCGCUCGGCUUUGCUCACGAGCAAACUCGGCCAGAUCGUGAUACAUAUGUACGCGUCUAUUAUGAAAAUAUUCAAAAUGGUCAAGCACAUAAUUUCGAUAAAUUUGCUCCAAGCCAAGUUAAUACAUUUAGUGAACCUUAUGAUUAUGGAUCAAUAAUGCAUUAUCGGAAUGAUGCUUUUUCAUCGAAUGGCCGUCCAACAAUUAGACCUAUUCUUGCUGGUUACGAAAAUUGGGAACCUUAUAUGGGCCGAGGAGACAAAAUGAGUGCUCAAGACAUUACCAAACUGAAAAAAUACUAUUCAUGUCCAUAA